CUACUUGAUCACACCAUGUUCAUUUGGCUGAUGCUCUCCUGCCUCUUAGGCUUCUCCCUAGCUGAGGGUCAGGAUUACCAAGUAUGUUACAAGGGAAGCAGUGUCGCUGAAAACAAAUGCAUGAAUGUGGAUGUAGACCGCCUUGCAUGAAGGUUAUUCCACAUGCCUGAAUCCGACGAUUUCGAUGAUGUGGAGACUCUGGAGGAUUAUAGUGUCGGUCUAGCAGCAUCCCGAGUGGUAUCUCAGGAGGCGUGUUACGUGAGGCGACUCGUUAAAUCUUUCGAGCAACAAGUAGCCUUCAUCAAAGGCCAUCAGGAUGAUGGCAUGAGGGUUGAGUCUGACGUCAGAGUUUCCGCUGUUUCCCUCGACAAUCCUGAGGAAGAGAUCGGUUCUGAUCUUGCCAACUUCUGCGGCGACCUUCCCGUUUACAAACUGGUGAGUGAGGAACAGACUGACAGUGUGCAAGACCGUCGUCAAGUGAGCGUAACCUUCACCCGCUGCGUCUUGCUGUGUUUCAUUCCCACCUGCUUCACCACCACGCUCACGCUCCCCACUGGCGGCACCAUCACCUUCGGCUGGCUCUUCUUUGGCUAAAAUGACUGUUUAAGGAACACUGUUCACCUAAUUUAAGCAAUGUCUCUUUUACUUGUCUUGAUGUACACUCACUUUUGAUUAAAUAUUACUGAAUUUCAA